UAAAUGAAAAACAAAAUAAAAGAAUGGCGGUUGGGUUGGUUAGGUUUGGGGUUAGAGGAUUUGAGAGGGUUGGCGAUUCUCACGGUUGCUUCUAUGACCGAUUUUAGCGGCAACCCGGUCGUGUAAUGUGAAGCUAUAUGGAAGCUCACGCACACAUGACACACCCCUCCCUCUCCUUCCCUUCUCUUCUCUUUUAUCAUUCUCACAAACUAUUUCUUCUUCCUCAUUUCUUUAAUCCUUCCCCACCUUUCCCUUCCUCCAUUCUCUUUUUUUCUAACUGAAAUGUGUUCAACUUCUUUCAUUUAAAGGGAAAAGGAAAAUUCUUCAUCUUUGCCCAUUGAGGCUUGGAAUGGUUGGGAACAUUAAUCAUAGAAGGUGAGACUGAGACGUUAUAAGGUGCAGAAUGGGAAGGGUAAAAUUAAAGAUAAAGAAGUUGGAGAAUACAAAUGGGCGCCAAGCCACCUAUGCCAAGAGGAAGCAUGGCAUCAUGAAAAAGGCUAAUGAAUUAUCUAUACUUUGUGAUAUAGAUAUUAUCCUUCUCAUGUUCUCACCAACUGGCAAGCCUUCUUUGUGCAGUGGAAAACGCAGCAGCAUCGAAGAAGUUAUUUCAAAAUUUGCUCAACUCACCCCACAAGAAAGGGCGAAAAGGAAGUUGGAAAGUCUCGAAGCACUGAAAAAAACUUUUAAGAAGUUGGACCAUGAUGUAAAUAUUCAAGAGUUUUUGGGUACAGGUUCUCAAACCAUUGAGGAACUAUCAAACAAAGCUACGUUGUUUCAGACUCAACUUUCUGAAAUACAUAAGAGGCUCAGCUAUUGGACCAACCCUGAUAAGAUUGAUAGUGUAGAACAUCUGGGGCAAAUGGAAAAUUCUCUAAGAGAGUCGCUUAAUCAAAUUCGAAGCCACAAGGAAAAUUUACAAAAGCAGCAAUUCAUGUCAUUAGAUUGCACUAGUCAGUUCCAAAAUGGGAUACAUAUACCCUUCAGAGUGGGUGCUGAGCAACAGCUCCAACCUUUGUCAUGGAUACCAAAUAAUGAUACUCAAAAUAUUGUUUUACCUGAUGACCCAAACUUGCUUUCCCAUAGGGAUAUGGAUUGCUCUACAAGUUCCUCAUUUGGUAGUUAUUCUGGUUAUUUUGGCAUGGUUAGAAACCCAGAGAUUUCUAAUUCUGGACAAGAAAAUGGCAUGGUUAACGAUUUAAGCAGAACCACACCUAUGAGGCUACAACUGAAUGGCGGUCAAUUUCCUUAUGUGCCUUACAAUCUGAAUGUUCUAAAUGAUACAAAAUUUCAACCUCAAACGGAGAUGAAUCCACAGGAAAACUCUGUAGAUUAUCAUGUCAAUGAAAACUUUGAAGUUCCUAUACAUGGAUACGAGACAACCCAUCAAAGUAGUUGGGCUUCCGCAGCUGGGCCUUACGCUGUUACUAUGUUAGGUGAAACGUUAUACCCUCAGCACCAAAACUAGACCAAUGAAUGAGAUUUCACUCAUUCGAUGUUAAAAGUUGCUGGAGAAAUUGGAUGAUUUGCUUGGGCAUUAUUAUACUUAUCCCAUCAGGAUUUUUGCAGUUUGCCAUACAUGCUAGCUAUGAAAAAAUAGAAAGCAACCAGUGAGUGAUGUGCACUACGGGAAAAACCUCUACCGCCGUUAAUCCUAAUCCCCAGCCAGUGGUAUCAGUUUGUGAUAGCAAUUUUUAUAUCAGAAUAUGUGUUAGGGUGUCAAGAUUGGUCGUGGCAAUUAUGAAUGAAGCUGCUGCCUAGCCUUGCUCCCCCUCAGUAUCUUGAGCUGUAUAUAUAUAUAUUAAAAAAAAAAAAAAGUACAUAUAGCAAAUACAUGAAUCAAUAUCACAUAUAUGUGUUGAGACAUUUGCCUACCAUUUCAUGUGUGGCCAUUCAAUAUUAUAGAAACAUCGGAUAGAUAUACCCAUUCACUUUGUUUA